AUGUCUGACAAAGAAGCACUCAAACUUUUCUCUCGCCAACCGGUGACACAGGAAAUGGUUGAGUUUUUGGCCUCCACCACCUCUUCGGUAAUUCAAGUGAAGCCCAAGGCCAACAUGUCAUCGCAAAUCGGCUCACUUGUGGUUACUCCCGUUACUUGUGUAUCUUUGACCAAAUUCAUCAACAGAUUGAUUGAAUACUCCAACGUUCAGACUCCCACGUUGAUGGCAUCUUUGGUGUACCUCAAUCGCUUGAGAAAUGUGUUGCCUGGAAACGCGGUGGGUAUGGAGACCACCCGUCACCGGAUAUUUUUGGCUGCUUUGAUUUUGAGUGCAAAAUCUCUCAACGACUCCAGUCCUUUGAACAAGCACUGGACGAAGUAUACCGACGGGCUCAUGACGAACACUGAAGUGAACUCUGCCGAGCGCGAACUUAUUGGAUUAUUGAAUUGGAAUUUGAACGUGGCCCAAGACGAGUUGGUUACGGUGUUGCAGCCAUUCUUGGUUCCAAUCAAACAAUCCUUGGAGAAGCGUAUGCUUUCCGAGUCAGCUGCCAAGCUGGAAUACUACAGGUUGUCGAACUACCAGAGCACUACCUCGAUUGCCUCGCGGUCUUCAUCCAAGUAUUCGCUUUUCUCGAAUUCUUCCGCAUCUUCUUAUUCGUUAAGGAGUGCUGCUUCAUCUUACAACGACUUGACGGCACAUGCGGACAGAAAGCCAUUGGGAGAGAGAUCCAUGUCCUCACUUAACAACACCAAGAUUCCUCUUUCCAAGAGAACAAACUUCUCCAACACAUUACUACCUCCAGCUCCCGUGCGCUAG